AUGGCCCGGCCCGGCACGGGGACGCUGGUCUUGGCCAACGGGCUGGGCUUCCCCCCCAGCAACGUGGCCCGCGUCGUGGUGUGGGAGUGGCUGAACGAGCAUGGCCGCUGGCGCCCCUACACGGCGGCCGUGUGCCACCACAUCGAGAACGUGCUGAAGGAGGACGCCCGCGGGAGCGUGGUCGUGGGGCAGGUGGACCCGCAGCUCUCGCCGUACAUCAUCGACCUGCAGUCUAUGCACCAGUUCCGGCAGGACACAGGGACGAUGCGCCCGGUGCGAAGGAACUUUUACGACCCCUCCUCGGCUCCCGGCAAGGGGAUCGUGUGGGAGUGGGAGAACGACAACAACUCCUGGACACCGUACGACAUGGACAUCUGCAUCACCAUUCAGAACGCCUACGAGAAGCAGCACCCCUGGCUGGACCUGUCUUCGCUGGGGUUUUGCUACCUGAUCUACUUCAACAGCAUGUCUCAGGUGAACCGGCAGACGCAGCGGAAGCGCCGCCUCCGGAGGCGCAUGGACUUGGCCUACCCGCUCACCAUGGGCUCCAUCCCCAAGUCCCAGUCCUGGCCCGUGGGCACCAAUUCCGGGCACCCCUGCUCGUGCCAACAAUGCCUGCUGGUCAACAGCACCCGGGCGGCCUCCAAUGCCAUCCUGGCCUCCCAGCGCAGGAAGGUGUAUUCGGGCAACGGCAACGGCACGCAGGCCGUCCGUCAGAGCAAUACGUUGAGCGGGAUGGCCCUGUGGUCUCUGGGGACUGCGCAGGCUGGGGGGACAGCCAAGAUCGAGCAGGUCCGCUCGGCCAACGGGAUGCAAGGGGCCGCUUUCUCACGAAGUCAGAGUGCUCCCAGCAACCCCCAGCUCCCCGGUCAAAACAACCUGAACCGGCCAGGGACGCAGCGCGUGGCCGUCCUGAGCACCAGGGCUACUAUCCCCCCAGGAGUUCCUGCCCUCCCAGUCAAGAACCUGAAUGGAACGGGUCCGGUGCACCCUGCCUUAGCAGGAAUGACGGGCAUCCUGAUGUGUGCCGCCGGCCUGCCCGUCUGCCUCACUCGAGCCCCGAAGCCCAUCCUGCAUCCGCCGCCCGUCAAUAAGAGCGAUGUGAAGCCAGUGCCCGGCAUCACUGGGAUAUCCCGGAAGACCAAGAAGAAGCACCUGAAAAAGAGCAAGAACCCCGAGGACGUGGUGCGGCGUUAUAUCCAGAAGGUGAAGAAUCCUCCCGAUGAGGACUGUACCAUCUGCAUGGAGAGGCUGGUGUCCUCCUCGGGCUACGAGGGGAUCCUCAGGCACAAAGGUGCCAAGCCAGAGCUGGUGGGGAAGCUGGGCAAGUGCGGGCACCUGUACCACCUCCUCUGCCUGGUCGCGAUGUACAACACCGGCAACAAGGAUGGCAGCCUGCAGUGCCCCACAUGUAAGGCCAUCUAUGGGGAGAAGACGGGGACUCAGCCUCCUGGGAAGAUGGAGUUCCACAUUAUCCCACACUCACUCCCUGGCUAUUUGGAUUGCAAAACCAUCCGCAUCGUGUAUGAUAUUCCAACAGGGAUCCAGGGCCCAGAGCACCCAAAUCCCGGGAAGAAGUUCACUGCGCGAGGCUUUCCACGCCACUGCUACCUUCCCGACAACGAGAAAGGCCGAAAGAUCCUGAAGCUCCUGAUCACAGCCUGGGAACGCCGGCUCAUCUUUACCAUCGGCACGUCCAAUACGACAGGCGAGUCCGACACAGUGGUGUGGAAUGAGAUCCACCACAAGACCGAGUUCGGCUCCAACCUCACCGGCCACGGCUAUCCCGACCCGAACUACCUGGACAAUGUCCUGGCCGAACUGACGGCCCAGGGGGUCUUGGAACCCAGCCUGAAGGACUGAGGCUUCUCUGCUCCCCCGUCUCCCGCCCACAUUUUGCCAUGUGCUGCGUGGAAGCGUGAACACUGCCUGCGUCCGUCCGUCCAUCCGUCUGUCCGUCCUUCCGUCUGUCCGUGUGUGUGUCUGUCCGUUUGUCGAUUCGGCUCUCCACCAGCGUUCAGGAUAGAUCUCGUCGCCUUCUCAUGUCGCUUCUGCUGCCUUGACUUCGGGUGACGUUCACACAGCAUUGCGGGGCUGGCCAAGGAAAUCCCCGCUCAGGGGACCGCUCUCCCCCCCGGACCGGGACUGCCUCGCUAGCCCUCUUUCUCUGUCGAAGCAGCAGUGGGAAGACCACCCAAACCUGUGCAAGUGAGCAACGGACGCGUGUGCUCCGCCGUCCUCUUUUCCCUUUUGAUAUAUUCACACAUAUAUUCUUGGCUGCCCACCAUCUUCCUCUUGACCCGACUGUGUACGUGUGCCCCUACGAUGGCUGUGCGGUACCUGCAGGUCUGUACAGCAAGUCGGAUGUAACAGGACAGCUGCAAAGCCCGUGGUGCAAGCUCUGGCCACCCGUCCUCUCACCCGCGGCUGCUGUCGCAUCUCUCGUGCCUCCCUUUUGUCGCUCGGCCGGCAGGCGGCUGGGAGCACCUCCGGUUUGAGGCUAGAAGGGGCAAAGACAGACGCACCGCCGUGCCAGCUCUGGGUUCUUGCCCCACGGCCUGGGAUGCCUUCUCCUGUGAAGGUCACCGCAAGACGGAAUGGGAAAGCAGCCAGUCCCUUCUCCCCACAUGCCAGGCAAGGGCCACAUCUGUGCUCGGAGGGCCGGCUCCCCUCUCCGGCACAGCUGAGAUCACCGAUGCAUUAAUUUUGCUGCCCGCUGGGCUGGAAAACUGCCACGCACCCCCUGGGAUGCCAAAUCGCACCCCCGAGAACCUUCACGGGGCGCUGCUCUGCUUCCCAGCCUUGCUUUGCCUUGCUUUCGUGGGGAGCCGUGGCAGGGCCUGGGGAGGGCUGGGCCGGCCGCAUGCAAUGCCCCCUUGGCCUUGCGGCCCAGGCAGAUGGGAUGCUUGAUGCACUGCUUUUCCUGCAGUCUGUCCCCCCCCCCCCCCAGCCACGCCUCCGCAGGCUCUCCUGCCUGUCUGCCCCGUGGCCAUUCAGCCUCACCUCUCUCUGCAAGAAGCCGGUGUGGUCUGGCUCGGCAGCCGUGGCGUCGUGGCACCGGGACUUCCCAGGGGCACAUCUGGCUCCUCCUCCUUAGCAGGGACACUGAUGCCAGCUUGCCACCCGGGCAGCCCUGCUCCUCUGAGCUUGGCUGCAGUGGGUGCGGGUGGCCUGGCACUUUGCAAGACGGGGGAAGCGCUCCCAAGGUCUGCCUUCCACACCGUUUGCGCUGGCUGAGCUCAGUGGUCAGAGCAAACGUUCAGCUUGCUGGGAGAGCCCUUAGAUUUCCCCCUGUCCUGGAGCUGCCGGUCUCCUGUGCAAAGGAUCUCUUGCCACGCUGCAUGGCAUGGGGGGGGGUGCUCCCCCCACAUUCUCCUCCUGGAACAAUGGCAAGAACGGGGAUCUUUCCUGUGCAGAAGACCAGCCGGGCUCGAAGGCAUCGGAUGCCUUCUUACUGUUGCACCAAGGGGAGAAUUUUCACCGGUGCAUCUUCCCCUCCCUGGCACACCUGUUCUGUCUUACACUGUGCUGGCUCCCAUGCCGUGCACAGAUUCCAAGAAUAUGCCCCCCACCGGCUUCUCUGAAAUGGAAUUCAGACCCUCCGAAUGCUGGAUAUGGAGGCCACACCUCUGUACGACCGUCACCAUUUUUGGCAGGGGUCCUGUGAACGCAGCCAGAAAGAAGGAGAAAGAGCAAGACCAGGAAAGACCCCACUGGUGGGAUUCCCCAAAGACAUUCUUCUUCAGCAGGUGGCGCCCCGGGUGAUGCUGAACAGAAGCAUCAAAGGACAUUGCCUGUUGGGCCCACGUUCAGCGCCCAUUCAACCUGCCUUCGGGCGCCAGCCCCUUUGGUAGGAAUGACGCCAAGAAUUACAGCUACUGUGGAUCUUACUGUCUUUUAUUGCAAACCACCCAGAGAGCCCUCUGAGCUAUGAAGCAGUCUAUAUAUGUUAACAAACAAAUAAACCCCCUAACAGCU